AGUUUAAAUUGUCAAUUAAUUGCGUUUAACCAUUGUUUGUGAUAGAUUUGAAAGUAAUACAUAAAAAUUACGUAUGCGAAUGUGAAUAUGUGAAAAAGUAAUUUGUUGCCACACUUUUCCUUCCAAACUCAAGAAAGAUUCGGAGCGGCUUCUGAUUGGCUGGCACAAAAGUCGGCCCUUUCCUGAUUGGUGUUUGGGCUGCUUCCGUGGUGUCAUUCAUCUCCAGUCCCUCUUCUCACGCACCUACAGCUGAGUCUUUCCAGCAAACUGCUCCUGACCAGGGACAGGAGAGCGAAGAGGCAAAUUCAAGAGUUUUAUGCGGUUGUAUACUUAAACGAAGUAGUUUCGGUCCGUUGAGUGUCUGGUUUCUUUCUAUAUAUGACCUCGGGUUUGGCUUUGCUCAGACAGUGGCGGGGCAUUUCGUCGUGUUUGAAAAGACUGUGGAUUUUGGAGGAAGUUUAAAUGCCUGUACUGCCCGUGAGCACGCUGAAGCCAGGACGUCUUUAAGUUUCACAACUGCCCUGUUUGUCAGCGACAAUACAGACGGAAUCGAUGAAACAUUUCCUGUAUAGAAGGAUUUUAUCCGCUUGUACAGUUGUGCUCCUUCACCGCCCUUCUCCUCGUAUUUGGCAGCAUGUUUGACAAGUGUUGCCCUGUGUAACCGGUUCAUCCAGCUCUGCGGGGAGCACACGGCUGCUUCAUUAACUUUCAGUUAAACCACCACUGGUGAGUUUUGCAGAGGUGAUUUCACAGUAAUGGCUGGUCUAAGCAAUGUCCACAUGAAAACCCUGGAGGACCUGACAUUGGACUCUGGCUACGGGGCGGGGGACUCCUGCAAAUCCCUCAGCCUGUCCUCCUCCAAGUCAAAUUCCCAGGCCUUCAUUACGGCCCCUCACCGGGGCAACUGGUGGUACUACUCCGGCUCCAUGAACAGCAGGAACAACAGCUGGGACACUGUUAACACUGUCCUCCCCGAAGACCCAGAGGACAUUUUCUCCAAGUGUCCCCGCUUACCUGAUCUGGAGGAGUUCCCCUGGGCAGAAGAGGAGGUCGCCAAGAUACUGCGCAAAGUGGCCGAGAGUCGGAGCGUUAAAGGGGGACCUACAUUCUCUCCGGAGGCCGUGAGGCGGCUGUCCACUCUCCUCCGCAGAGCUCUGAUUCGCGUUUCCAGAGAGGCUCAGCGUCUCAGCGUCAUGCACUGCCGCUGUACGCGCUUCGAGGUGCAGAGCGCCAUGAGGCUGGUGCUCAGCUGGGCCCUGGCCGAUCACUGCGUAUCUGCUACGGUAAAGGCUAUAUCCAUGUACAGUAUGAGCGCCGGGGAGCUGCUGAGGAAGGGCAAGUCCGCCCGCUGUGGCCUCUCUUUCUCCGUGGGUCGCUUCUUCCGCUGGAUGGUGGACACCCGCAUCUCCGUGCGCAUCCAUGAAUACGCGGCUAUAUGCAUGACUGCAAGCAUGGAGGCUCUGGUGGAGGAGAUUGCAGCCCGGGUAUUGAUGGCAGAGAGAGGUCAUUUGGGACCGGAUUCGGGGUCAGGAUGCGCCCCAGUGAGUGCAGAAACUCUGGAGGGGGUGGUGAACAAUGACGCGGAGCUGUGGGGAGUCCUUCAGCACUAUGAACACCUGAUCUGCGGGAAGAACGCCAGUGGUGUUUUGUCUCUCCCAGCCCAUUUCAGCCCUUACACAGAGAACCAGCAGACGUCUGUGGACAGCAGGGAGGAUGCCUAUGCCCAGCUGGAGCUGAGGACGCUGGAACAGUCCUUGUUGGCUACCUGUGUGGGCAGCAUCUCUGAACUCAGUGACUUGGUGUCUCGUGCAAUGCACCACAUGCAACGUCUGAGCUCAGCACGCCUGGGGCUCAGCCCAGCUCGUCAUGCCCGCCCCCAGCAGCCUGUGUCCUGGUCGCCUGACGCCCUCCACACCCUUUACUACUUCCUGCGCUGCCCGCAAAUGGAGUCCAUGGAGAAUCCCAACUUGGAUCCUCCACGCAUGGCACUUAGCAAAGAGAGGCCAUUCCUCUUGCUGCCGCCUCUGAUGGAGUGGAUGAGAGUAGCCAUAGUCCAUGCUGAGCAUCGCAAAAGUCUGUUGGUGGACAGUGAUGAUGUCAGGCAGUCUGCCAGGCUUCUCCUCCCAGGGCUCGACUGUGAACCAAGACAGCUGAAGCCUGAAUGUUGCUUUAGCUCCUUCAAGCGUCUGGACUCCAAAGCCGCCACAGACAAGUUCCAUCUAGACCUGGGUUUUCGGAUGCUCAACUGCGGACGCACAGAUCUCAUUGGCCAAGCCAUUGAUCUGCUUGGUCCAGAUGGGGUCAACAGCAUGGAUGACCAGGGGAUGACGCCUCUGAUGUAUGCCUGUGCAGCUGGAGAUGAGGCUCUAGUCCAGAUGUUGAUUGAUGCUGGGGCCAACCUCGAUGUGGCGGUUCCACCAUGCUCCCCAAGGCACCCCUGUGUGCAUCCUGAUAGCCGACACUGGGCAGCUCUCACCUUCGCUGUGCUGCAUGGACACAUCUCCGUGGUGCAGCUCCUUUUGGAUGCAGGGACCAAUGUGGAGGGGGCCGCAGUCCGCAAUGGACAGGAGAGUGCAGCAGACACCCCAUUACAGCUGGCUUCGGCAGCAGGCAACUAUGAGAUGGUGAGUUUGCUCCUGGCACGAGGCGCUGACCCCUUAUCAAAGGCCCAUGAUGGAAAUGCUCUUACGUCCUCUCUCUUUGAAGACAUGAACUGCUUCAGUCACGCUGCUGCACACGGACACAGGAACGUGUUGAGAAAGCUACUGACUCAGCCCCAGCAAGUCAAAGAGGAUGUCCUGUCCCUAGAAGAGAUCUUAGCUGAGGGGGUGGAGUGUGAAGAAGCUGCAAUUUGCCCAUUCCUCCCUCUCUCGCCCCUCCCUACCCCUUCCUCUGGCCCUGGCACACUGCCAGAGGUGGGCAUACCCAGGCUUUGCAAAGCUAUGAUGAAGGCUCUGCAAGAGGCCAGCUACUACAGCGCAGAGCACGGCUACCUGGAUGUCACCAUGGAGCUACGAGCGAUGGGUGUACCCUGGAAACUUCAUGUGUGGCUGGAAUCUCUGCGCUGUGCCCAGCAGCAGUCCAGGGCAGGGGUCACCCUUUCUCUCCUCAGAGAGUUCACUACGAUCAGAGAAGAGGACUACUGUGAGGAGUUGGUCACCACUGGCCUGCCCCUUAUGUUCAAUAUCUUACGUACCACCAAGACUGAUGCCAUUAUCCAGCAGUUGGGGGUUAUUUUCAGUCACUGCUUUGGCCCAGCACCCCUUCCAGCUGUCCCUGAAGUGAAGGCCACUCUUUCAGCUCAGUUGGACCCUCAUUUCCUGAAUAACCAGGAAAUGUCAGAUGUGACGUUUUUGGUGGAGGGGAAGCCGUUCUAUGGCCACAGAGUCCUGCUAAUCACUGCCUCUGACAAAUUCAAAUCUCUGCUGGCCUCCUGUGGACCAGAUGGAAGCCCAAACAAAGAGAUUGAGAUCAGUGAUGUGAAGUACAACAUUUUCCAGAUGAUGAUGUCAUACCUGUACUGUGGAGGAACAGAGUCACUGAAAAGUAAUGUGCCUGACUUGUUGGAGUUGUUGGCAACUGCUAGUUUGUUCCAGCUGGGGGCGCUACAAAGACACUGUGAACUCAUCUGCUCUCACCACAUCAACCUGGAUAAUGCUGUCAGCAUCUACAAGACAGCCAAGGCCCAUGUUUCAGUGGAGUUAAGUUCAUUCUGUGAAGGAUACUUCUUACAGCAGAUGCCUGCUCUGCUCGAGAGAGAGGUCUUCAGGAGCCUGUUGUUGGGACCCCCUGGGGUGCGACAAGGGAACAGCUCCACUUCUAUGCUGGCUCACAGCUGGGGAGAGUCACCUCUGGAGGAGCUGGAGACCACCCUGGCCCAACGACUGCGCUCUCUCUACGUCACCUCCCGAGUCUGAUAGCAACAGGAUGGAUGCUGAGGAGAGAGAGGACAGAAAUAAGAGGACGAGUGUGACAGUUGGAGUGGAAGUUUCAUCACUGAUAAAGGAUCGGGUGACUAGAGGCUGUCUAAAUGAUUAAGUACAGUAACAUCUGAUCCUGGCUGUGGGAACAAGCAACUUCUUUGACACUGGGACACAGAUCAGUGAGUUAUGUGCCAGUAGUUGAGACUUUUCUCUGGACAAUGAGGUGUUUCAUAUUCUGAGCACUCCAGCUUGACAUUUUUUGGAGUGUACAACAUGUUUAUGAAGAAGAAAACUGGAAAAUGUGAUGCUUUUCUCCAAGGCUUUGAAAGUUAAAAUGAGAGACGCAACAGGUGGCAACUCUGAAUCCUGAAACACUGCUACCCUCUAUUGGACAAAACUGGCCAAAUUUAUUGUAUAGGAGGAGCGGGAUCAGUGACACCCUUCUGGUUCUGACUGAAGCUAUGUAGAGUGAUAAAAGACUGAAGCAUUUGUUAAAGAAGAAAGAAAAGCGAGGCCAUGCUGAACUUUUGGUUUAGUCUCAUUUUAAAUAAUAGAACUGGUGUCUCCAGCAUUGAUGCAAGCUCUGGAUUAACAUGUCUUGAUGUCUGUAUGUUUCCAUUUUUUAAAGUGACAGGAGAAACGCAACAGUUAUUGAAGAGUGGGAUGGACAGUUUCUAUUUAAUGAGAAAAACAGAUGUGAGUAUUUAAUGGGGUGUUCCCUUUUUAGUUUUUAAUCCAAGCAAAUAUUGUUUAAAAAGUUGCUUUUGUGUAGUUUUUGUUUUUUCCAGGUACACUAACAGUUAAGCUUAUGUAUGCUGAGAUUCAACAUGUCAACACAGCUACAGCAGCAAAAUCCAAUAUGGGAUUUGGACUAGUUUGUGUCGAUGUUGAAUAUUGUAAUAAACCUGGUAAACAAGCCAAAGCAUUUAAUUUGUCUGUGUUUGUGAGGAUUGGUGUAGACUCACCUGAAUCAUCAUUAAAACAGUCUUGGAAAUGCACAAACCUACAACAUGGAAGUCACAACUUUAUAAGCAGAUACAUUCUUACUGGAAAUGCUGGGAAGGUUGAGUAACAGGUAGAAAUGACAAUUCAAUUGCAUCAGUCUUAAUUUUAUAGUAACAAUGUAUAUUUCACAAUUUACAAAACCCUAACCCCAUGUGACAGUUUUAAAAACACUGAAAAUUUACUUUGUGGACUUACCAAUGUACAAAAAAACAAGCACACCGUAACUGAAUGAGUUUAUUUGUUUCAGCACGGAAGAUGCUCACAGUUAUGUUAUAUGGGGAUUACAGCAGUUUUGUUCCUGCUCUGUCAAAAGACCACUCUGGCCCUUUGGGAUUAUCGGAUGUCCUUUGUGCUGCUAGCUUCCCAUUGUAGAAAAAAAGAAAGGAAGGUGAACAAUAGGAUAUUGCUUUGUGUUUGUAGUACUGAUAUGCCCCUCCCUGUGCCUCUUCUACCUGCAGGUAGAGAGAGCCUUCCAGAGAGAGGUGCAGAGUAAAAGAAGCAUAGUUCCUAAACUUUGUGCAUAAGACAAGAGGAGGAGGAGGAGGA